AUGGCAGAGAAACCCGAGGCUGUCGAUCCUGACGAGAUCGGAAUCAUCUCGAGCCACGAAACGAGGUCAUCCGAUCGAGACCCUGAAAAAACACCUGCCAAGCCCUACGAAAGGGAAACACACGAUGGCCAGGAGCCAGACAAUAUCACGGACCAGAUCCCGCACUCUCUGCUCGAGGAAUUGGCACCAAAUGGCGAAUACGAGCACAUCCUCUCCAAAAUCAACGCCAUGUCAACGGAAGAGGCCCUGGCCAUCAUCCGUGAAUCGCUUACUUUCCACGCCGAUGACUGGAACUUUCCCACUGUCAUGCGGACAAGAAUGCAGAGACUGGUGAAAGAGAGCCCGAAAGAGUACGGCGACUUUUAUGAGCGAGAUCUCAGAAUCGAUGCUGUCAUGAUGCGCUGGUCCAGCCCCUAUCCGGGGGUUAGAGCUGUGGCUGAACUGACUGACAAUGACUCCACCCCCGUAGAGACCAUUAGGGCUUACUUUCUGGGUAUAUCGUGGGCUGUGAUUGGGACCUUUAUGGCGACGUUUUUCAACUCGAGAUUUCCGAGCAUCAGUACGUGUUGGCCUUCACUUAUCAAAGGACAUGGGGCUGACAGACACGGGCAGCUCUUAGUGGGAGUGUUAUUCAGAUUCUUUUGUACCCGUGUGCAAAGGUCCUCGAGUAUGUCCUUCCGGACUGGGGAUUCACGGUGUUUGGGACGAGACACUCGCUCAAUCCGGGGCCGUGGACGUUCAAAGAGCAAAUGUUUGCGACGAUUACCUACAACAUCGCUAUUUAUACCACCAAUUCGUAUGGGAUGGUGCAUCCUCGUCCAAAAGAUGCCCAUUUUCUACGGCCAGAGCUUUGUCAACUAUGGCUACCAGCUCAUGCUGACCCUGUUCGUUCAGCUCAUGGGGAUGGGCUUUGCAGGAUAUCUCCGCCGGUUCUCAGUAUAUCCUGUCAAAGCCCUCUGGCCCACCAUCCUUCCCACCAUUGCCAUGAAUCGAGCAUUGACCAGGCCAGAGCUCAAAGAGAACAUUCACGGUUGGACCAUAUCCCGGUACAACUUCUUCUACGUCUGCACGGUAUCCAUGGCGAUCUACUACUGGCUGCCGGGUUAUCUUUUCACAGCCCUCUCCACCUUCAACUGGAUGACCUGGAUUGCUCCCGAGAACUUGACCUUGGCCAUUUUGACUGGCUCAUCUCUUGGGUUAGGUCUUUUUAACCCAAUCACCACUUUUGACUGGAACAUUGCUACAUCUUCCUUUGCCGCCCUCGCCAACCCUUUCUUCGCCACAGCAACUGAAUGGUGCUCCGCUUGGCUCGGAGCGGCAGUCAUCCUGGCCAUCUUUUACAACAACAUGAAUCACUCUGCCUACCUCCCCAUCAACUCCAGCUCGGCCUUUGCCAACGAUGGGAAACCGUACCGUGUGCAGAAUGUCAUCUCAGCACACAACAAGCUCGACGAGCAGAAGUACCAAGCCUACUCCCCGCCGUUCUACUCUGCCGGAUACAUCCUGACUGUCGGAGCCAACUUUGCGUUUUACCCAGUGUAUUUCUUGUACAUCAUGGUCAACCAGUGGACGACGGUGGGCAAGGCCUAUGUUGACUUUUACCAGGGGCUGAGAAGGGGGAAAGGGAACUAUGAAGGGGCGAUGGAUGUCCAUUCGAGACUGAUGAGCCGGUACCCCGAGGUGCCAGACUGGUGGUUCAUCUUCAUUUUGGUGGCGGCCAUUGUCGUGUCGGUGAUUUUCUUGAGGAUAUAUCCACUGGAAACACCUGUGUGGCUUGUUUUCCUCAUGAUAGGCAUCAACAUCAUCUUUGCCGUCCCGCUAUCUCUGUUGUCGGCCACCACGGGGACCAACCUGGGGCUUGGGAGUCUGAUACAGGUGCUGACGGGGUAUCUUCUGCCCGGGAACCCCAAUGCUUUCUUGUUUGCGCAAACCUUGGGCAGCUGGGCGUUGGCCGGUUACGGAGACAACUAUGUGCAAGAUCAAAAGAUGGCCCAUUAUGUCAAGAUCCCGCCGAGGGCCGUGUUUAGGAGCCAGAUUGGGACGAUCAUCAUCACCUGUUUUGUUGCGGUUUCGACCCAAAACUUCAUCAUGGAGAACGUGAAGGGCUUGUGCGAGCCGGACCAGCCGAGCAGGUUCACCUGUGCUGCUGACGGUGCACCGCUGUAUGCCAGCAGCUUGAUGUGGGGAUUGCUGGGCAGCGAGAGGAUGUUUGGUGCCAUGUAUCCGAUGUUCAAGUGGUGCUUCUUGAUCGGGACGGGCAUUGCGGUAGUGUUUCUGGUCGGGCAGGGAUACGGGCCGAAAUACCUGCCCGGCAUCAAAGAAAGACUGCGGGGAAGACUGGGACCAAGGACAUUUGCGCAGCUUGACAGGACAAUCUUUCCUUUCGUGGCCAGCCUGUUGUGGUUGAACCCCGUGUUGAUCAUCCACGGAUUCCAACACUGGGCGCCGUCCAAUCUGAGCUACAAGACGCCCGGGUUCAUCCUGAGUUGCAUUUUCAUGUACCUGCUGCCAAAAUACCGGCUGGCAUGGUGGGAAAAGUACAAUUACGUGCUUUCUGCCUCGUUGACGGCAGGCGUCGCCAUCAGCGCCCUCAUCAUGUUCUUUGCUGUGGGCUACCACCCCGUGAAGCUGGAUUGGUGGGGGAAUCGGGUCAGCCACGCCGGCAUGGACGGGAAGAGUGUGGGGAUCCUGCCGAUUCCCGAGAAGGGGUACUUUGGACCGGAGCGGGGCCAGUUCCCGUAG